GACGCAUGCGCGGCCAGCUGAGCCACCGUCAGAGAGGGUGGGCCAAGCUUCGGGAGGUCUCCGGUUCCGGUCAGUCUCCCUCGAAGACCAGCGGAGUUGGGUCAGCCUGCGGUUAACGGUGCCAGGGCUCUUGGGCGAGGGGACCGCGGCAGAGGCGGCGGUGACCCCGCGGGCGGGAUGUUCGGAGGGUUGAGCAGUUGGCUGGGCUUGAAGCCGCCCGAGGGGGCGGCGGCGGAGGGAGAAGAGCCUCCCAGCGGGGACUGGGACAAGCUGUCCGCGGGAGCCGCGCCUUCCGAGGAGAGCCCCGAGCGGCCGGUGGAGCCCACUGAGGAGCAGCAGCAGCAGCGGACGGAGGACCCACAGUUCCUCCACCAGGCCAAAGGCCUUGGCAAUUAUUUGUAUAACUUUGCAAGCGCUGCAACAAAGAAGAUAACUGAAUCUGUUACAGAAACAGCUCAGACAAUCAAGAAAUCCGUGGAAGAAGGAAAAAUAGAUGAUAUCCUUGAUAAGACUAUUAUAGGAGAUUUUCAAAAAGAACAGAAAAAAUUUGUUGAGGAACAGAAUACAAAAAAGUCAGAAGCAGCUGUGCCUCCGUGGGUUGAGAGUCAUGAUGAAGAGACAAUUCAACAGCAGAUUUUGGCUUUAUCAGCUGACAAGAGGAAUUUCCUCCGAGACCCACCAGCGGGUGUACAAUUUAACUUUGACUUUGAUCAGAUGUACCCUGUUGCCCUGGUCAUGCUCCAAGAGGAUGAGCUACUAAGCAAGAUGAGAUUUGCCCUCGUUCCUAAACUUGUGAAGGAAGACGUAUUCUGGAGGAACUACUUCUACCGAAUCUCCCUGAUUAAGCAGUCGGCCCAACUCACUGCACUGGCCGCUCAGCAGCAAGCCUCUGGAAAGGAGGAAAAAAGCAGCAACAGAGAUGAUAACUUGCCUCUGACAGAGGCAGUACGGCCCAAAACACCACCUGUCGUAAUCAAAUCUCAGCUUAAAAGUCAAGAGGAUGAAGAGGAAAUCUCUACUAGCCCAGGAGUUUCUGAGUUUGUUAGUGAUGCCUUCGAUACGUGCAACUUAAAUCAGGAGGAUUUAAGAAAGGAAAUGGAACAGCUUGUGCUUGAUAAGAAGCAAGAGGAAGCAACUGCACUAGAAGAAGAUUCUACUGACUGGGAAAAGGAGCUACAACAGGAGCUUCAGGAAUAUGAAGUGGUAGCAGAGUCUGAGAAGCGAGAUGAGAACUGGGAUAAAGAGAUUGAGAAGAUGCUUCAGGAGAAUUAAUUGUCUCCACAAACCAGUUCUUAACACUGUGUGACAUGAAAUGCUCAUGAUCGCAGUUCUUAACACUGUGUGACAUGAAAUGCUCAUGAUCGCUCAGUCAGAAGGCACCAAAAAAAAGGGUGUAACUUUAUGCAAUUUGAAAUGAUUCUUUUUUUUUUUUUUUUUUUGGUUUUUCGAGA